GCCCGGGUCUAAGGCUGUCACUGGGCAGUCAUGGAUUCCUUAUGCUGCAGCUGGUCCCACAUUCAGAGCUUGGUGCUCCAAAUCAGCCUCAUUCUCGCUCUUCCUUCAUCAGGUUCCCAGACUGUCAAAGACCCCAGCUCCUCCUGCACAUCGAAAAGGACUGUGGGGGGAUCUGUCCAGCUGCAGCUGAACUCUGCUUUGUAUCCUAACAUCCGAGAGAUCGAGUGGAAGUGGGAUUCUGAGGAUGAUAAACCACAGCUGCUGGUGUCCUGGAAGCCUGAUGCCUCCAGUCCUGAUUGGUAUGAAUUUGAAGAAAAAUACAAACACAGAUUCAGCCUAACAAGGAUGGCUUCCUUGAGCAUCAGAAAUCUCACGAUGGAAAUGAGUGGACUAUAUAUAGCGAACAUCAAAUUCCGCUCAGGAAAAUCCCAGGAAGAAGCCUUUAGACUCUGUUUAUAUGAGCCCAUCCCUGACCCCCAGAUCCAGAUUCAUUCAUCAUCCAACACAUCAGGCUGGUGCAACAUCAGUCUAGAGUGUGAGAUCCCAGGAAGCACAGAGAACCUGACAGUGACCUGGCUGAGCCAGGGCCUCCCCAGGGAGCUGGAGCAGAGAGGGCCACUGGGGCCAGCCCCCAGCUCCAGGAAUCUAAGCCUGAGUGUGCCUCUGAGCCACUUCAAUGGUCACCUCACCUGUGUGGUCAGCAACCCGGUGGAUGAGAAGAACACAAGCUUACACCUGGAGGACAUCUGUCCGUGGAAGGGUUCUUUUCAGAGCAAAUGGCUUUGGAGAGGCAUCCUUCCCACAGUUCUGAUGGUGAUCCUCGGGGCUGGAGUGUGGAUCUGGAUGAGGAAGAAGAUGGAGACUAGGAGAGGCGAGUCCACUCUCCUGCCAGUAGUGCCAGCCUCUGCAGCUGCUCCUCAGGCCCUUCCCACAGAGGAAUCUGCUGACCUGCAGACUGGUGAGGCCAACAGCCACGACCCUUUCUAUGAAGAGAGCAGCCUCCUGAGACACCCUAAGAAAGACACGGAGAAGGGCACCUGCCACUCACUUAGCCCUGAGUGUCCUUUGGCCAUCUACACUGUCUAUGAGAAGAUCAGGACAAGCCCAGAGCUCCAGGAGGAUGCUUAGACCACGAAGACACUGGGGUAUUGAGGGGCCUUGGCAAGAUCUGCCCCAUCCUACCCUUUACCCCUGGGUCCCCAAAUAUCCCUCCUUAAGGUGGAGCUGGGACUAGAGCCCAGGUCCUUCUGAUCAAUCUCACUGAGACAGCAGAGCAGCAUGAACUGAUCCCCUGGGCUCCCCACCAAAAUUUUCUCACAUCACAGAUUUUGGGUGGUGACUCUGCUACUUAAAUAUCCAAAUAUGAGAAACAAACCCUUCAGCCUUCAGCCACACUUCUGGCUGUGACCCACUUAACCCCAUUAGGGAACACUCGUGGUCAGGCAGGACCUGCUUAGGGGACGAUCAGAGGAGACAGAUGGUUUCCUAUGACAGGGAGGGUCCUGGGCCCCUGAGAAGGAUGGGCCUUGGGUGGAUGCCCCUCAGGAUCUCACCACCCAGCUCACUACCCAUGAAUAGAGAGAAGAAUGGCCCUUGACUGUGGAAAAAGCAAAAAGCUGGCAGAUACAAAGUUCAGGGCCAGCUGUGCUGUUGAGUGGAGUGGUGGAAAGGGAAGGAAAUAAUUUUUUUGAGCUCCAUUACCUCCUAGACUUCAUUCUAGGCACUGGAAAUGUACUAUCUCAUGUUCUUAAAAUUCAAGUAAUUCACAGACUCUUGUUUUUAUUACAUAAUAUGUGUAUGCAGCACAAAAGUAAAAAGACAUGUCUUGUUGAAAUGAUGUUGGAUCAUUUUGUUGCUAUUAAGAUGGGAUCUUAUUCCCAUUAUAUAUUUUAACCCAUUGAUUAAAAUAAUGCAUACAAAACAUAUAUUAAGUCAAGUUACUAAAUUUCUGUACUCUUUGAACAGUAUUUCACUGGGUCCCUUUUAAUUUGAGGGUAAAUAAAAAUAUUAAAAACAAGCAAUUAUAAUUUUUGUUUCCUGCUUUUUUAUUUUUAUGCCUCACUUCUUUCUCUUGACUAACUGAAUUGACUAAUACUCCUAAAACCAUGUUAAAUAAUAGUGAUGAUAAACAAUAUCCUUGUAUUGUUUCUCACUUUAAUAUAAAUGCUUCUAGCAUUUCUCCAUUAGGCAUGAUUUUUUUUUGGUUAUGAUAUAUUUGUUGUAUCAUGUUAAGAAAAUAUGCAUUUAUUCUUAUUUUAUCAAGAGUUUUACCAAGAAUAAAAUGUUAAAUUUUAUUGUUUCUCUUUUAUCAUUUGUGAAGAUAUCAUAUGGUUUUCUUUUUUAUCUAUUAAUAAUAUGUUAAUAGAUAUCUUAAUAUUGAACCAUCCUUGCAUUAUUGGAAUAAAUCCUAGCUGAUGUAUUAUUCUUUUAAUGUGCUAGUGUUUGAUAAUAUUUUUAUUUGGGAUUUCUGCAUCAUUAUUUAUAAAUGAAAUUCUCCUAUACUUUUUUUUUUAUGCUUUACUUGGUCAAUUUGGUAUUUGUGUCAUGCUUAUUAAAGAUCCCUUUUAUCCUCAUUUCUCAUAAUAAUUCAAUUAAAAUUUGCUUUAUAGUAAAAAAAAUUCCUCUUAAGAAAAUAAUUGUCAUUACUCAGUGUUGAUUAAAUUUUUAUUAUGUUAUUUAAAGAUGUAUCAACAUGAAACCAUGUAUUUAUGUCUUAUGCUAUAGCUUUUAUAUUAUAAACCAAAAAUGUAUAUAAAGUAACUGAAAAUAAAGCAGUAAAACAAUGAAGCAAUGAUUAUUCAAAUUAAUAUUCAAACAUACAACUUUAAUGUAAUGUGAUGAGUGGUUUUGUUUUGCUGAAACUAAAACAUUAAUGUCAAUAUUAAGAGGAAAAACCUGCAGGUUCACAUCAAGUCCUGUUUUUAAGUUAUUAUUUUUUAAGUUGAAUACAGAGAAUGCUACUUCAGAUACACUUUUUUUGUACAGCAUGUAAUUAAAGUUUUUGUUUACUAGUUCAGAAUAGUCAACCUCAUCUUAACCAAAACUCAACCAGGUGAUAAUUGAUACAUCUCUAAAACUGUUUCAUAUACCUGAAAAAAAUUAACAUUGCAGCACUAUUGAAAUCCCCAUUGAAUAAAUAUCUAUCUAUGUAUUACUGGAAUCAUACAAUAAAAAAGGUCUUCAUUGGAUAUCUCCCCGUGUAGCGGGUAUUUACCACUUAACUACUAGUGAAUUUUACAAGUCGGUGCCACAAAGAUAGAAUCCCAUACCUCUGCCUGCAAGUCAGAUGUGCCCCUGAUGGCUACAGAGCAGGAACUUUUGAACGUGACAUGCCUGUUUGAGAGGUGCUGAGGGCAGAGGGGGGCCAGGUUGCCAGAUGCCAAUUCAGUGAAUGAGCAAGUCAUCAAAAUGAUCAAAUCUAUCCAUUUACCAGAAACUCCUUUCUUUUAACUAUGUAUAAAACUCAAAGCAAUUCAUAUUGGAUAGAAUGGUUUAACAGUUUUUGAAGAGUUCUGAGGUUUUAGUUGACAGGUUUUUGUUAUUUCUUCCUAAGAUCACCUUAAGCAGUGUCCAUGUUUCUCUACCCAGCUCCCUGCUGGAGACAGAAAGGGAAGUCGGUUCACAACACAGCCUGGGAGGGGAAGGUUAGGGGGCAGAGAGAUGAGGAGACUGACAGGCAGAGGAGGGGAUACAGGCUAGGGGGCCAAGCUGAAACCAGAUCGCUGGGGUUUUUGCUCCCCAAGGUUCUCACAGGCUCUGGUAAUCCAUCUGAUUCAAAUUGUUAUGAGUUUUAUUAAUAGCUGAAAGAUACUAACUAAUAUAUAAAAAUAGAUAAACAACAAGUUUAUACUGUAUAUCACAGGGAACUAGAUUCAAUAUCUUGUAGUCACUUAAUGGUGAAAGAGAAUAUGAAAAAGAAUAUAUGUAUGUUCCUAUAUGGUUGAAGCAUUGUGCUGUACACCAGAAACUGACACAUUGUAAACUGACUG